AUGCAACGUUUAAUCUUAGCUAACACUUUAGUGUUGCCUUCUGAUAUAUUUCUGUUAAAAAAUGAUAGUUUUUAUUCUUACGUAUCGGAAGCUGUAGGUGAAAUUCCUGCAUCCUACUUGAAAUUUUUAAGUAUUAAUUCUGCAGAUUGCUUGUUACGUAUUGAUGAUAUAUUUGCAUUUAUUUCAAUUGAUUCUCCAGAAUUCAAUGAUUUGAGAAGCAAACUAGCAUUUCAAUUGAACAAUGGAACUUUCGUCGUCAGACCUGGAUUUAAACACAUUUUAAAUAAUUUUAUUCAAAUUCUUCGUGACAAACAGAAAAACGAUAGUAGUAGAACUAAUGACGAACAACAAAAAGAAGAAAUAUUUAAAAUAGUUCAAAAGCAUUCACUGCUUCGUUCAUUAAUAUCUUUCUAUCAAGUUAAUAAUACUAAUGAUUUUACUAUAUCAUUUUUAUGUUGUCUUAUUGAAAAUACAAUCGAUAAUCUUAUGAGAUCCAAGAAUCAUUAUCAUUAUGCAAAACCAAUCAUUGAUUUUUCCAUCUCACUCUACAUUUUGGGAGGACGAACCACCUAUGAAUUCGUACGAAGUAAUCUUAUAUGUGCUCUACCAAGUAUAACAACAAUAAAUCAGUUGAUAUCUACCGAAUUGUCCUCUUUCAAAGAAUCAGAAUUUCGAUUUGAAUCACUAAGUGAAACUUUUAAUUCCCGUCAAAUUACUCACGUUUUUGCAUCCGAAGAUUGUACAGGCGUCGUCAAAGCAAUCAAAUACGAUGUUCAAACAGAUUGUUUUAUUGGUUUUGUUAGCCCACUUCAAGAAGGAGUACCUCAUUGUGAUGGAAAGUAUCUUCGAUCUAUGAAACUUCUAUUAGAAUUUUUUGCAACACUUCCGAACAUCAACUUGACUAAUGAUGAUAAAUGUUUUCAAAUUGAUAUACCAGAUGAAUGGAAUUGGUUUUUUCUACGACGAAAACAAUUGUUACUCUUUUUUCAAGAUGCUACUCAUCUAGCCACGAAAUGGCGAAAUCGACUUCUGUCGGAUAUCGCCGAUCUUACUGUCGGGAAUAAAAAAGCAAACAUGUUUCAUCUCGAACACAUAGUCAAAACUUAUAAUAGUAAAUUUGAUCAUGCAUUAGUUAUGUCUGAUUUAAAUCCUUCUGAUCGUCAAAAUUACAGAUCAUGUGAAAAGAUCAGUAGAGAUGAAAUUUUAGCAAUUUUAGAAUCAGAUGAUGAUACUUAUGCUACAUUUCUUUACAUUAAAUUACUUCGUUACAUAAUUGAUGCAUUUAUAAACAAAGCUACUUCGAUUCAAGAUCGUCUCUAUUUCGCUUGGACAAUAGUCUUCGUCUGUCGUUUAUGGAGAACAUGGUUGAAUUUAGAAUUCAAAUCAUCAACUCAGAAAAUUCAUGAAGGCAGCUUACCAUUAGAAUCAUUACAAAUUCCAUUGUUUAGCAAUCAAUCGUGUGAAAAUUUCUUGCAUCGAGCAGAAAAAUUAACAAUAUUACAAAAUAUCAAAGCUCUUGAAGAUCAAACUCAACACUAUCAACUACAAUUCCCUAAACAUCACAAGCAUAAAAAAAACAAUGAAAAGAUUGUAGUAUUUAAUCAGAGUCUUAAUGUAACUGAAAUUGAAACAAUAGUCUUACAAGCUUUUGCACAUGCAAAAGAACUUGUAUCUAAAUUGGAUAUAAAUAUAUUAUUAGAAGAAUAUAAUCUAUUGGAAUUAGAAGCAUUAAGUGUUGAAACAUACAAUAGCUUGAAGAAGUCAAAUCGAGUUAUCGACUCAGCAACAUCGAACACGUUCACAGAUUCUGAUUCAGAUAAUGACGAUAAUGAUAACUUUAAUAAUAAUGAUGAUAAUGAUGACUUUAAUAGUAUUGACGAUAAUGAUGAUUUUAAUAAUAAUGAUGAUAAUGAUGACUUUAAUAGUAUUGAUGAUAAUGAUGAAAAUCAGUAUGGAAUUUCAAUGAUAAAUGAUGAUGAUGAUAUACCAGAUAACAUUCUGCAAUCAAAUAGAACCGAUUUUUCUGGUAUGCGAGUAUUUGAUUCAAUUGAUCAAGCACAAAAAAACUCAUAUUUUAAUGUUGAAAUUAAUGGCAAAAAAAAAUUUCUACAUAAACAAACAGCAUGUUGGUAUUUGACGGAAGGAAAAGGUCAUUUAUCUAGCGACCGUCUGUCGCGUGUGAAACAAAUGAGUAGAUAA